AUGUAUGUACUCGAUAGUGCUGAAAGAGAUUUGAUAGAUGGUAGUACUAAAAAACAUCUCUUUUGUCAUCGUUCAUGGAAUUAUCGUAAGAAAGGAAAGGAUUUAAGAGUGAUCAAAUCUCUGGGGACAAAUAAAAUAAAUAUCACAUAUUACGACUUCAAUAUCACAUAUUCUACAAAACGACACAAAGAUGAUGCUGUUAGCGUGUCGUUAUGGGUUGAUGAAAUGGGAAAUCUUGGGUCAUCAUAA